AUGACCGAGGCUCAUGGAUCACUUUUGUCCGUAGCUCCUUUGGAGAUCCGGCAUCGAAUUUAUCAACAGCUCUUGGGCGCGGAAACCCACUUAUUCUUCGACAAGGGACACCUUCAAAUGGUUCCAUGCCAGGGCGCAGACGAUGUGUCACAUAGGAUGCCAAAAUGGGAUAAGAUGUGCAAGUUCGACGACCCUGUCUGGAUUCGUCGAGUCGAAUCAAGCUGGGGAUGCCACUGGAAAUGCGAAGAAAUUUACCUGAACGGUGUUGAGGGGGGCGAUCGAAUCUCACACAUGCCUUUGCUUUCGCUCUUGCUUACUUCGAAAACAAUGUACUUUGACGUCGUCCAAUUCUUCUCGCAUCCGAGUCAGUACGUCCAUUUUACGGACUUGGAGACAAUCGACUGCCUUCUGUCUGCAACUGCCUCCUCGGUCGCUCGAGGCACCAGUGACAGGGGCAGAUGGUCAAUUUUCAGAUCGGUACAUAACAUCGGCCUCACAUUGCGUGCGUCCUUGCGUCUCUUGGGCACACUAUAUGUGCCUUACCUUUCGAAGCCGCAUAUGGAACGUGAGCGGGGCACGCCACCGAGGCAAUUUGCUACGCCGGAAGGAAGCGGCUGUUUGAGGCAGUACGAGCAAUGGAAGCGGCUUUGGCCGUCAUUGCUGGAGCUCCCGCAUCUACAGCGGCUCUCAUUCUGGCUCGACCACAACGAGUACUAUGGUUGGGAUCUCGUAAAUGAAAGGGAGAUCUUGCAGGACCUGUCCGAUGUCAUGCCUGGCUUGACCAAACACGGAGUGGAAGUAUACGUUAACCUCCCUCGGCUUCCCCUUAACAAAAGGUCUAGUUAUAUGGAGGAAGAAUAUUUCGUUGGAGAAGAGCCCGAGUUCUGUCUCCAAAGGCGAACACGUCUGCCGUGGAUAUACGCAGAUGAGAACGUGAUGCAUGAGGGAGAACCCGGGGUUAAAUGGGCGGUCAACAACGAGAAUGGAGAAAUUCCUCUUCAUUACCCGAAGGACCAAAUCUCAGAACCAGACUUUGACUGGAUGAUGUUUGAUGCGAUGGGAUGGGACAUGGAUAGCAAAGAGUUUGAAAGGUCUUACCUGGGCAACCAAAUAAUGCAUGGUGGAAACUUUAUGUAG